UAAAAACCACUGCUGCCCAGCACUAAGCAGUCCGCUUCCAGGGACGUAGCCAGGGGAGGGGUCCGGGGGGUCCGGACCCCCCCCUUCCCGGUUCACGAGAAAGAAGCUAAACCCGAAGAAAAUACAGAAGAUUUGCUUAGGUUACCUACAGAGAUAGUGUUUGUGAAGGAUUAUUGAUGUCCAUACUGGGCUCCGGUAGUCUCUAUCUUCCCAUUUUUUACUCAACUUUCCUCGAUCUCGGAUUUCAAAGAGGGCAGUAUUUGGUUCCGACAUAAUUUAUUUUUGAUAUCAGUUCACGCACUUCUACGGGCAAAUUUCCUCAGUCAGUCGCAAUCACACGUCUAACAUGGACAAGUUCGUGACGCGGACGAAAAGACAAAGAGUAGCUGACUCUCCUCAGUCUAAUGAAAACGAAGAACAAUCCCGGAACAUUGCCAGCUGUCAUCUCGACCCACCACUUCCUGGACCUGGACCAAGCAAGAUUGUCGAGUCUCAACAAGAUAGGACCUACAUUACACAAGAUGCAAAUCAACAUUAUUCCUGCAGUUCCUCUCACACACCUCUUGGACAAGGAGAAAGCAACACCAACAGAGAUCCAUCGAUGCAAGUGAAGGCAAUGGAUGGAAAGCUGGACAGCAUUAAGGCCGAGUGUGAAGCACUGAGGACACAAGUUGAAGAAACCUCCACGAAAGUGGGAGCAGUUGGCAGUGAUGUCAUCAAGCUGGCAGCAGAACAGCAAGAGUUGAGGAGGCAGGUGGAAAGGCUGUCGGAUGUUGAGCAGGAGAGGGCAAGUAGUCGCAGACUCGACACUGCUGGAGCCACAAGCCUGAGGUCUGAAGGUCUAGAUGAGAUUUCUGGCAGUGGUGUUUCUACGGCUAAGAUAAAGGUCGUUGGAGACUUGGUGCGGCAGUACUGCGGGAGCGGAGACUGGCAGCAGCUGAGGAGGGGACUUCUGGCCGUGCUGGAUGAGGGCUGCGUGGCCCACGGGCAGCUGCUUGCCACGCCCUCACUUUAUGGGAUAGGCCUGGGCGGUCACGAGCAGCUGGCCAGGCUACUGCUCUGCGCGGGGUUGCCCGUGGACCAUGCAGCCGGAGACGGCUUCACGCUGUUGCACGGGGCUGCCGAGGCAGGGCAUGCAGACUUAGCACGGUACCUCCUCACCCGCGGGGCCAACGUCGAAGCACGAACCGGCCUGGGAAGCACCCCGCUGGUGUUCGCUGCGUCUGCCAACCGGCCGCAAGUGGCGGAGCUUCUGUUGAGGGCAGGGGCCAACGUGAACGCCCGGGACCACGACGGCGCGACGAGCCUUCACAGGGCAGCACGCAGGGGCCACAUGCAGGUGGUGCAGGUCCUACUCCGUACUGGAGCGGACGUCGCUGUGAAGGAUAACGUCGGCCGUACUGCUCUGGACAUGGCCAGAGAAGGAGGCCACUUCCCAGUGGUGCAAAUACUCUCCCCGCUGCCCCCCUUGCCAUUGUCUUUUGUUACAGGAACUCUGUGAAUAUCAGUGUUGAAACUGAAAUGGGAUUCUAGAAUUUGUAAAUAUCAAUGAAGGCUGUGGGAUACACUUAUUAUGGCUUAGUCUCAAGUGUUGUAUUUGUUAUUUAGUAUUAAUAUUGUUACUUUUAUUUAAAGGCUAUUACAGUAGCAAACUUUAUUCUCUCUCUCGUGCAGUUUUGUUUCAUCACAAAUUUUCUCAGCAAAUAUUUAUAAUAUGUUAUCUUAAAAAGUACACUGUUAAUAAGUAAGAUCACUUGCAUGCCAUUCGACAACUAAAAAAUGAAACAUUCAGUAAGUAUCUGAUGUCUGAAUUUGAAAUCAAAUAACGAAUGUGAAUAGAGUAUUGUAAUAUACAUUGUAUUUAUUUGCAUAAUGGUCACACAUUUUAUGCAGACAAAAUAAAAUUUUAUCAUUGUACUGUGUGGUUGAAUAUGUACUUUAACAACUAGCCUUUGUUGGUGUUAAAUAAAUAUUUUGUCACAA